GAAAGUGUUCGGAAUGGAUUCCGAUCGGAGUUAUUCCGUUUUCCCUAGAAAGACAGAGAUUUAGAGGGAACUGAAUAAUUCCCGUCGGAAUCCUUUCCAAAUAAUCCCAUAAUAUACGUAGGUAGAGCACGCACUGUACUCGAUUUCUUGAGCGCGUGUUUCUCGUAUCACGCGAGAGAACGCAACGAUCGUUGUCCGUCGAGCCACGACGGGAGUGACGUAGCACGAUUUAAAACGAGUCAUGUGCAAAUUUAAAGCAUGGUUAUCACACAACGGAAGAUGAAGCAGAUUGCGAUCUUUGCAAUUUGCGCACUGCUGGUCUUAGGUUUUUAUAAAACUCUGGUGACUACGGAAGAGGAACGAUCUUUCAACCGCGGUCGACACCGCGCCGUGCUCGUAAAUAAAGCUAAUUUAGAUAAAAACGAGUUCGAAAUUGCAACGCAAAAGAUUCGCAAUGUCGAGGACGACGGAGACAUCAGGGACAUCGAAGAGGCGAAAAUUCGGAUCCGCGACCUGGAAGGUAAACUUCAGCAUCUGGAGGCAGCAAUUAAGAACGGAGUGGCGAAGGACUUCCCAACGGUGAAGUUCCUAAAUUAUAAGAAUCGGAAACGAAUCCUGGUGACGGGCGGUGCGGGUUUUGUUGGUUCCCAUCUGGUGGAUCGUCUGAUGCUCGCCGGGCACGAGGUAAUAGUCGUCGACAAUUUCUUCACUGGCAGAAAGCGGAACGUGGAGCACUGGGUCGGUCACGAGAACUUCGAGCUGGUUCAUCACGAUAUCGUAAGGCCAUUGUAUCUAGAAGUAGAUGAAAUCUAUCAUCUCGCUAGCCCGGCCAGUCCACCGCACUAUAUGCUGAAUCCAGUGAAAACGAUCAAGACAAAUACCUUAGGCACUAUAAAUAUGCUUGGACUCGCAAAACGAGUCGGUGCACGAGUAUUAAUUGCGAGCACGUCGGAAGUAUAUGGGGAUCCUAACGAACAUCCGCAAGCAGAAACUUACUGGGGUCACGUUAAUCCCAUCGGUCCGCGGGCAUGCUAUGACGAAGGAAAACGAGUUGCCGAGACAUUGAGCUAUGCUUACAUGAGACAUGAAGGCGUCUCGGUCCGAGUUGCACGAAUUUUCAACACCUUUGGUCCGAGAAUGCAUAUGAAUGAUGGUCGUGUCGUGUCGAAUUUUAUCAUCCAGGCUUUACAAAAUGAAUCAAUCACGAUAUACGGCAGUGGAAAACAGACACGAUCAUUUCAAUACGUUUCCGAUCUGGUAGAUGGACUGGUAGCAUUAAUGGCAUCUAAUUAUACACUUCCUGUAAAUAUUGGAAAUCCUGAGGAGCAAACUAUUGAAAAAUUUGCGCGUAUAAUAAAGAGUUUGGUGGGUGCUACCAGUGAAAUAGUCGAACUUGCGGCGGUUGAGGAUGACCCGCAGAGAAGAAGACCGGACAUCAGUAGAGCUAAAAAAUAUUUAAACUGGGAGCCUAAAGUUCCUUUGGCUGAAGGUUUGAAGAAAACUAUAGUGUAUUUCGCAAAGGAAUUACAAAGGACAAAGCACUCUCAAAAAAACAGUUUUAAACAAUCUUCAUACAAAAAUGAUCACGAUAUUGUAGAACAACUUUAGAAAUUCAAGUGUAAUGUGAUACGAUUAAUGUAUCCACUUUCAGAAGUGGCGUGAAAGUGCCAUUAAGGUAUGGACCAGUAUGUGCCAAAAAAUCCCCGUCCAAAAUUUAAAUUUUGCAUAAUUCGUAUAAUCAAUCAAUACAUAUACAUACACACACACAUACACUAUACAAUCAUUUAAAUAAAUAGACUUGAAUUUCUUCCAGUCAGGUAUAUUAUGUUCUUUGUAGCAAUAGUUUAAAAUAUAUUUUUAUUCCUUUUUCCAUGA